AUGGAGUGGUUGGCUCGCGUUUGGGAAAAGCAGAGGAAAAGUUGCCUACAGUCCUUAAAAAAUGAUACAGAGAAUAUUUAUGCAGUUGAGUCUGUUCUGGUCCUAAUCGGUGUUGUGGCACCGUAGACGGGAUUUAAACUUAAUUUAUUUCAAAGAUCCAAAAGAUGGUUUGUUAGAGUUGGUGAAGGAUCUCUCCCUGAUCAUCAGUGUGUGUCUCAGAAGAGCUUGUUCAGCAUGGACGUGGAGGAUUUCCCCCCUCCUCCACCUGACCUGUUAGAUGACGAAGAUGAAGGUGAGAGGUUUGAGUUUGACGACAGUGGUGAUGAAGCCCCCGAGGCGGAUCGGCCACCCCCUGAACCUGAGGGAAUGUCCGUGCCUCCACCCUGCUCAACAGCAGCUGGGGACGCACCCAUGAAUGGAACAAGUCCAAACCCAGAGAACCUAUUCACUGCAGAGGCUGAUCUGCCCCCUCCACCUCAGAACUGCCUCACUAAUAACAGGCCUUUGGCUCAUGCACCCUUCCCACAGGGUGAUCUACCCCCUCCUCCCAUAGAGCUUUGUCACAAUGCAGCAGAAGGCCAGGACAGAGACCUUCCACCACCACCAGAGGGCGCUACAGGAGCUGCUGCUCACAGCAAGCAGGAUGAGAACAGAGGUGCCGGUUUGGUUCCCACCUCUGCGUCCACCUCCAAGCCCAAAGUCAGCCCCUACUCUGUGAUUGACAUCACCCCUAUCCAGCAGCAGCUGCUGUCAGAGCAGAGCGACCCUCCCUCCUCUCCCCCAGCCAAUGAGAGUGAAAGAGACAUUCAGGAUGUACCCAGUAGCCCUGGGUUGUCCUAUGGGUAUUCAGUGCCAGUGCCCUGUGGUUAUGCAACACCCUCAAAUGUGCCGGUGAUCCCACCAACCUACACCACCCCAGUUAUCAUCCGACACUUCUCUAUGGAUGAAGAUGUGACUGUGGUGGGAGCAGGAAAUACUCCAGUGGACAGUGUUUUUAGUGAAGAGUGUCCAGUCAUCAGAGAGGAAGAUGCUCUUACUAAGUGGGUAUCAGACCCAGCAAACACAGCCUGGAUGGAUAGUCCAGAUGAGGUGAUUUAUGAUGAUGUACCAAGAGAAAACUCUGGAUCCACUACAGACCCAGAUGAGAUGAUCUAUGAUGAUGUUGAGUUCGGGGAGGAGGGCGGCAGCAGCUCGCUGGACAACGGCUGGAGCUCCAGUGAGUUUGAGAGUUAUGAGGAAGCCAGUGACACGGAGAACGGACAUGGAGAGAACGGCCUCCCAGAUGCCUUCGUCAGGGGCCGUGCACCCAGCAAGAAAACACAUCUGUCUGAAGAUCUGACGCGUUUGAAAGAGCACUAUGAGAGAAAGAUGCGAGAUCUCAUGGCAAACACAGUGGGAACAGUAGAGCUACAGCAGCUCAAACACAAACACGAGCAGAAGAUGCAGCGGCUUGUAAAAGCAGCUAAAGAUGGAACUAAAGAUGGUCUGCAAAAAACCAAAGCCGCGGUGAGAAAAGGACGAUCUUUCAUUCGCACCAGAUCUCUCUGUCAAGAGAAGAAACCCAGCUGCUUUGAUGAAGAGUCAGAUCUGUUCAUCGAGGUGGAGUGUUUUAAUGUUGACCCAGUGCUGAAACCUGCACCUGACGGGCUUUCUCAACACCAGGUGAUGAGGAGAUGCAUUCUGGAGAUGAUUCUAGAGAGUGAGAAGAACUAUCUGGAAGCUCUGAAGCGAAUUUUAGAGCAAUAUGAGAAACCACUGGCAGAGAUUGAGCCUCGGUUACUGAGCGACCGCAAGUGUAAGGUGGUGUUUUAUCGGAUUCGGGAGAUCUUGCAGUGCCACGCCCUGUUCCAGAUGGCACUGGCCAGUCGUGUGUCUGACUGGGACGAACUGGAGAUGAUCGGAGACAUGUUUGUAGCGUCGUUUUCUAAGUCCAUGGUAUUGGACGCUUACAGUGAGUAUGUGAAUAACUUCAGCUUGGCGAUGGGAGUGGUGCGGAAGGCUUGUGCAACUAAGCCCUGUUUCCUCGACUUCCUUAAGCAACGUCAGGAGACUAGUAAAGACCGCCUGACCCUCUAUGGACUGAUGAUGAAGCCUAUUCAACGGUUCCCUCAGUUUAUACUGCUGCUGCAGGACAUGUUAAAAAACACACCAGUGGGUCAUCCCGACCGUCUUCCGCUUCAGAUGGCUCUCACUGAACUGGAAACGCUUGCCGAAAAAUUAAACGAGAGGAAAAGAGAGGCCGACCAGCGCUGUGAGAUCAGACACAUAGCUAAGGCUAUGAAUGAACAUUACCUUAACAAGCUGCUAAGCAGCGGCAGUCGUUAUCUGAUUCGUUCUGAUGACGUGGUGGAAACCGUUUAUAAUGAUCGAGGGGAGAUCAUUAAGACUAAAGAACGCCGAGUCUUUCUUCUGAAUGAUGUGCUCAUGUGUGCCACCCCCAACCAGCGCCCCUCCCAGGAUGGUGUGAGUGUGGGAACUGGAGGUGAAGGUGUUCCCUCAGGACAGCGCUUCCUGCUCAAGUGGAGUGUGCCUUUGAGUUUGGUGGAGGUCGUGGAGUUUGGCUCCAGUGAAGAGAUUGGCGACUCCCGAUUUCCCCCCUUACACUCAGGAGAUAAAGUCGUCAUCAAUGCCAAACCUAAUAAAUUGUAUAUGGGUCCAGGGCAGCUGUACCAGGACCUACAGAACUUGAUCCAUGACCUGGGUUUGGUGAACCAGAUCUCCACCAUGAUCAGCAGUCUGAAGGGGAAUUAUCAGAAUGUUAAUGGGACGGUUGCUCAGGAUUGGGUUUCAGGUCUCCAGCGACUCAUUUUAAAGAAAGAGGAAGAGAUUCGUGCAGCUGAUCGCUGUAGGAUACAACUACAGUUACCAGGGAAGCAAGACAAGUAUGGCAGACCCACGUUCUUCACUGCGGUCUUUAACACUUUCAGUCCAUCCAUCAAGCAAGCUUGGAUCAGUAAUCUGCAGAUGGCUAAAUUGGCUCUACAGGAAGACAACAUCCAAGGCUGGUUUUGUGCUGAAGAUGAUGGUAAUCAAAUGAGGAAGCAGAACCAUCCUCUCUUACUCAAGCAGAUGGCUGUGGUCAUGUCCAAACUACAGGAGUUCAAGGUGGAGUGUGCAGUUCAUAACCCAGAGCCUCAUGUGAACACUGACACCACUGCAGAUCUGCCUGUUAUGGGUCAUGGAUGUGUGUGGGUGGCCAGCUGUACCAAUCACAUGGGUCAGGUCUCCAUUGUGGCGUUGCAGAACUCAAAUCCCAAAGUGACAGAGUGUUUUAAUGUGGAGUCGCGUAUACUCUGUAUGACAUACGUGCCUCUGGAUGAGCCCUUGGAAAACAGUGAGGGAAAGCCUGAGGAUCGAAAAGCCAAUGACACUCCAACUGUGUGCCUGGGCAUGGAGGAAGGCAGUAUAUCUGUGUAUAAGAGCAGCCAACGCUCUAAGAAGGUUCGUCUGCAGCACUUCUUCUCCCCUGAUAAGUCCAGCGUCACAUGUCUGGUGCACAAGAGUGGGUGUCUGUAUGCAGGCCUGGUCAGCGGUUCUCUGGUCGUCUACUCCAGGGCUGAUGACGGCUCCUGGGUCGAGUCAGGGGCCCGUGUGCUGAAGCUGGGGGUGUUGCCGGUUAAAGCCCUGCUGGUGGUCGGUGAACACGUUUGGGCCUCAUCGGGAGGGCAGAUCUUCAUCAUCAGCACGCAGACACACACUGUGGAGCGUCAGUUUGAAGCCCAUCAAGAAGAGGGAAUGAUCGUGUCUCAUAUGGUGGUGGCCGGUGUGGGCAUCUGGAUAUCCUUCAGCAGCGGAUCCACCCUCCGACUCUUCCACACUGAAACUCUCGACCACCUGCAAGACAUCAACAUUGCCACAGCAGUCAAUAACAUACUGCCAGGACAGCAGAGAGUCUCUGUGAGCAGUCUGUUAGUGUGUCAUGGUCUGCUGUUGGUGGGGACAAAUCUCGGGGUCACAGUGGCCCUGUCUGUGCCCAGACUACAGGGCAUCCCAAAAGUUACAGGUCGAGGAAUGGUCUCUUUUCAUGCUUACCAUGGUCCAGUCAAGUUCCUCACCAUGGCAACAGCAGUGUGUAAUGUCUCGCAAGCAACCAUGGCAACUCUCACCUCCAACACACCCAGCCAAUGCCAGCCUGGGGCCCAGGAGGUGGAGGGAACCCAACGCGACGAAAACUGCUCUGGGCUGGGGCACAGCAGUGCGAGCUCUCACUCACAUGCUUCAGUUCUCCAGGACUCCCUGUCCUCCUCAUGUGGGUCUCUGGCUCUGUCUCAGGGCUCUUUAGAGCACGGGCCAGAAGACGGGGCGAUAUAUGACCUGUUGAACGAGCCAGCGCACUUCCAGAAGUCCAAGCAGACUGAGAGAGUAAAUGUGAGCUCAUUGUUGGUGGUGUCUGGAGGUCUGGGACACCGCAGAAUCAACAGAAAAACGAAACCGUCUAAGCACGAGGAGAUGGUGUCCACUGUAAUGGUGUGGCAAAUACCACUACCGAACCUGUGAGGGAGAAAGAUGGAGGUGUACUGAGAACGGGCAUUGCAAAAGAGAGCAGUUCCAUAGACUGACCUUGCUCUCAGUCAUGGGCUGACAGGGAAAAAAAGAUUCAUGAAUGAAGGGAAAAAGAUUGUGUUCCAGGAAUGGGCUGAACUACCAAGUACUCGGUCAGGCAUCAGAGAAAUGUGUUUUACCACUUGGCAUAUUGCCUAAAUUAAAAGAUACAUUCAUGAAAGUAUGUCAGUACCACUGCAGUGUGAUAAUAUUCAGGUCUAACUGUUAGAUAAUUACAUUUUGAAAGAAAAAAAACAGAAAACAUCUAGCCAUGCUUUAGUAUAACAGCAGAAAUUUUUGUUUCAUUUGUCACAUUUUAAACACACGCUUACCUGCAUCUGUUCAGCUCUUCAUUUAAUUUCAGCUGUUUUUCUUGAAGAUAUUUUGUGAAAAGGCAUCUCAAAACUUUUGCUUUAAGGAAUGGUGCUUGUAAAAGAGGUCUUAAAACAUUGGCUGAGGUUUCAUGGCCUUCAGGUUGGCCUCUGUGAUUGCCUAAAACCUGUGACUGAAUGACUGGGUUUCUCUGGCGGGCCAGAGAUUCUUUUGGAUAGGUGAAGUUGGUGUCGACUGUUACUGGUUAAAAGAUAAAUGGCGUUCCUCCAUAAUUCUAAUUUAAGGUUGAUGCUUAUCGAUAUUUAAAGUUAUGGAAAAGCUUAAUAUUGACUCAUUGUGAUAUUGUAUAUUAACAAAUGUAUACCAUUGUUUUAACCAACAUUCUUUGUAUAUCUGUGCAAAUGUACUAGAUAACCAUGUUUCUUUUUCUGUUUGUUUGUUUGUUUAGCCUUUUUUAUCUCCUUUUUUCCUUUUGAUGGACUAUAACUGCCAGCUCAUACAUAUAAGGGAAUGACCUGAGAAGAAAACUGAAUUUGAAGUUGAAAGAGAAGUUGAAUGGAUUUCUGUGAAAUGCACUUUACCAACAGCAACACUGAUUCUAGGAGCUUAUGGUAAAAUUGACCUGGACAUGGAAGGAUGGAAAGAACUUAAUUUAAAAAAAAAAUGAAAAUGUAUGGUCUUCAAAUAUUCAUUUUGCAAGGUGUCUGCCUAAAAGGGAAAUUAAAAAGGUAAUAUAUA